ACAUACCAAGUCUUAAGUUACUGAAGGCCCUAAUAUAAUCAAGUUUGUAACCUGACUUUUGGGUUGAUUUACCUUCUUGUCUUUUUUCCUUCUAAGAAUGUAAAACAAAAGGUUUUUAACAUUAAGCUAAGUCAAUUUAAAAGUGGGUCACUUCUUGGUUUCCUCCCCUUUUUUUGUAAAAUUUUAUGUGUUAAUAAAAGCAUACAGUGUAUGACAUUCUAAAAAUUUAGUUACAUAUAUUGCGUAUGUAUAUAUACUUAAAAUUAUGCCAGGGGUUCAUAUAACUUAAUUUAUGGAAACGUUACUGAGAGAAAGCGUUUAAGCCAAAAAAGAAAUGUUUUUUUGCAUAAAAUGAAAUUUAACAUUGUGAUUGACUUUACUAAGUUUCAAGUUUUACUAAGUUAACACAAAAAUUAGAUUUGAACUUUUUGUGUUUAUUUUGCAAAAGUUUUUACAAAUUAAGUAUGAUCCAUCAUUGAGUAUGGUAACUAUUGAAACCAAUGUCAGUAAAUCCUGAAAUGUAAAAUCUGACACUUUAAUGUUCCUCAAAAUGAGUAUAUUAUGAAAAGAUUUUAUUAUAUGAUAAUUUUUAACUGGCCAUGAUGAUACUUAAGAUAUCACACAGUCUUGAUUUUAAACCACGAAGGAAAAAAAUUAAAAAUUAUGUGAGGACAUUAAAGAGAUAUAUCGGUGAGGAUAGGUCCGGUUGUAAGGGGAUGGAGGAGACCGGCAAUUAAUACCUUAUAAAAAGGAAUUGAAUUUGCACUAAAUAUGUGAAAGUUAAUGUAUUUUGUAAUUUGAAUGAUACUGUACAGUUUCAGUUCCUUUGUUGCUCUCUUUUGUCUUUUUCCUGUUUUCAGGUACUAUAAUAAACUUUCAAGGAAUUUGUAGAAGACGUUAGCAAGUUUUUUCAAAUUCUACUGGAAGAUAUAACAUGGCAGUUAUUUUAAAUGAAAAACAAUCAGAUAAGUACCUCUUAUUAAUUAAUUUUAUAUUUAAAUGUGUACUAUACAUAAAGGCGAGACCAUUUUCAUUGUGUAAUGUAAUUUUUAAGUUAUUUUAACAAUUUUGAAACCACACCCUUUUUAAAUUUCCUUCUGUAUAAAAUUUGACAUGAUUAUGUCAUUGUACCACCAGUAAAAUCUUUGCUAAUUUUUCACAUCAGUAUUUUUCAUGACUACUCUGUCACAGUUAGUUUGGACAGCCAAAUGAUCAUGUCAUUUGAUUUUUUGACUGCUUAAUUCAUAAUGCAGUUACUUUAGUACGAAAAUUAACAUUCUAGUUGUAAAUCAUUUAGGAAAUUUCUUUACAUUAACAAUGGCAAUUGAUCACAUAUGAGAAAAAAGUAGAGGAUGAGACAUACUAGAGGAUUUAUUUGCAAAUAUAGAGAAAAAAAUGGCGGCACAAAUUAACUUAGAACUUGUUUCACUUUAUGCUAAAUUCGUGGAGCACAGGAUACAACAUCCUGGCUCCAUGAAUUAUCGGUCGUUUGGCCGAUGGCUAAAGCAGGGUGGGGUCGAGUGGACCAAUGAAGAAGACCCCACCGAAACAGCUCCCAACAUGGAAUUGAUGCAAGUAUGGACAAAAUUUUUACAGUACAGACUUAGACAUAGCGGGUCAAUGGACCUAGAAGUGUUUGGACGUUGGGUGCAUAAUGGCGGGGUUGAGUUUUGUGGUGGGCGACGGGAUCGUGGUAGAAGUAGCAGUCGUGGUUGGAGACGCGGUCGUGGUGGGAGACGCGGUCGUGGUGGGCCGUAUAAGCCACAAUAUUAAAAUGUAUUUUUAUUACUAACCCUUUGUAAAACGAGGUGCACUUUUUUUUAAUAAAAUAUCCUAAAUUUAAAAUGGGCCUUAAUAUUGCCAAAAUUCAAACAAUUGCUAAACUAUUUUUCAGGCUGAAUUUAAAAUAAAUACUUUGAAAAAAACAACAUUUUUUCCAUUGAAAAAAAUAAAUACUUUGAAAAAAACAACAUUUUUUCCAUUGAAAUUAACUAGAUAAACAAAUAUUUUGUCUACCUUGUUUUACGAAGGGUUAGAUGUUAUUAAAUUUGUUAAUUAUCUUAACUCUAUA